AAGAAGCAUAACUGAACAUGGUUACAGGUUAAAUGCAUCUAGAAACUUGCUACUACAUGUGAACUAUAUCAAUUUUCAGGAUAAUACUAGAGAUCUUUUAAUGACCUUACCUGCCAGUGCUACUGCUACUACACGUGAACUCACAACAGCCUGACAUUUUAAAACAUAAAUAGAUGUCUACAAGAAAGUUGACCUCUUCUGAUCAAGGACAGAAGGCUGGCUGUGACAACAAGAUGGACAUGGUCUUUCUCAAAAGCCUCUCUUUGCCCAUAUGUGCAGAAGCCGGCCGGCCGGCGGAUGGUUAAACUAACCUUGUGAAAUGUGAAGCUACGAUGGUUCCAAUAGACAGCAACAUACUGUACGAUGUACUUGUUGGCUUCACAUGGAAUGGAUGGAUGGUGUAGGAAAUGAUAUAUCCACUCCAAAUCCAAGAUAUUGUCACUGCACCAUCAGGAACAGCAUACACUCCACUAUGGCCGCCACACCGGAGGAGUUGUUGGGCCUCGCCGAGCCUGCACCACUGUCCCCCUCCGUCUUCCUCGACCUUCCUCCGACGACCCAUGGUGACUCACAGAAUGACCUGGCCCUGGAAUACAUUUCGCGCAUGCUUACGGAGGAGGACAUCGUCGACAAGUUCUUUUACCAGUACCCUGACCACCCGAAGCUCCUGCAGGCGGAGCAGCCCUUUGCCGAGAUCCUCGCCGACACCUCAUCAUCCGCCGCCCAGGAGUCCUUUGCCUCCUCCACCUCCAUCUUGAUGCCCAGCCAAGGAAACAACACAGACGUCAUGGUCUCCGGGUGCCAGGUACAGGAUCCAGUCUUCUUGAACGGCACAGGCACAGUGGAGCCCAAUGGUAUGGUGUUUCCCAGCGAGAGCAGCACCAGCAUGAACAUGCUGUCGAGCAUGGAAUUCUUCAAAGGAAUGGAGGAGGCCAACAUGUUCUUGCCCACAUACGAUGUGAUGGUGGAUGGUAGGGGGCGUAAGAAGAGGUCUGUCAUGGAUGGUGAGGCGGAGGCGGGCUUGGGCAGGAGCAGCAAGCAAAUAGUGGUGCUGCUGCAUAGUACUACUACCUUGGAGGAGGAGGAAGCCACCGCGCUGGAGAUGUUGGACCGGCUCAUCCUCAACGGCUACGAAGCGUGCCCGAGCGAGAUGCAGGAGGUAGUACGUGUCACCUGGGAAGACAAGGAGGACAAGGCAGCACGGCAGAGCAUCUCCAGGCGUGGGAGGCGCGGGGCGAGGCAUACGGUGGUGACUGACCUAGAGACUCUGCUGACCCGCUGUGCAGAAGCAGUGGUCAGUAACGAUGUGCGCGGCGCGAGCAAGCUACUGGAGCGGAUCAAGUGUCACUCGUCGCCGACGGGGGAUGCUAGGCAGCGGCUGGCGCACUACUUCACCCAGGGGCUGGAGGCACGGCUGGCUGGCACGGGGAGCCGACUGUACCGAUCGCUCAUGGGGAAGCGCACCUCAGUCUUGGAGCUCAUCAGGGCCUUCCAUCUGCACGAGGCCGCGAGCUGUUCGAUCAAGGUGGGGUUGCUCUUUUCCACCAACACCAUCUACAAGGCCGUUGCAGGGAGGAGGAAACUGCACAUUGUGCACUACGGCAUGAGCACCGGGUUUCAGUGGCCGGACUUGCUCCGCUUGCUGGCGAAUAGGGAGGGUGGGCCACCGGAAGUGAGGAUCACCGGCAUCAACACCCCUCUGCCCGGGCCCUGUCCGGAUGCACUGAUGCAGGAGGCAGGGCACCGGCUCAACAAUUGCGCGAGCCAGUUCGGCGUGCCAUUCAAGUUCCGCGCCAUCGCAUCCAAGCCGGAGGAUGUCCGGGCUGAGGAGCUGCACAUCGAUCCAGAUGAGGUCCUGGUCGUGAGCAGCCUAUACGAGUUCAGGACCUUGAUGGACGAGAGCCUCACCUUUGACAUGGUAAGCCCAAGGGACAUGGUACUCAACACUAUCAGGAAGAUGAGGCCGUCUGUGUUCAUCAGUUCCGUCGUCAAUGGACCAUACAGCGCGGCGUUCUUUAUGACGCGGUUCCGCCAUGCGCUCUACUAUUUCACGGCGUUGUUCGAUGUUAUGGAGACCACCGUUCCACGGGAUGGCGGCGAGAGACUUCUGGUGGAGCGGGACAUACUUGCACGGUCCGCCAUAAACAUGAUCGCCUGUGAAGGCACAGACCGGGUGGAGCGCCCUCAGAACUACAAGGAGUGGCAGGCGCGGAACCAGCGAGCGGGGCUAAGGCAGCUGCCAUUGGACCCUGAUAUCGUUCUGAGGCUCAGGGACGAAGUGAAGAAUAGGUACCACAAGCAUUUCAUGAUCAGUGAGGAUCACCGAUGGCUUCUGCAAGGAUGGAAAGGUCGGGUGCUCUAUGCCCACUCCACAUGGGCAGCUGGUGAUGCUACUGGUUCUCUAGUGUGAUGGACUGAAAGUACCGAUAGACCCAACUUUCAUCAGUGUUUGAUGGUCUGUUGCAGUACCAGAUGUGUGUUUGCUCCUCUUUUGUAUCUGUAACUUAGUCACAGAAACCAUUAUCAGAUUGUCUGAGUGGCCCCUGUUUGUUCAAAGCUGCUGUGAGCACACAUAUGUUUGUUUAAUAAACAUGUAAAAUUUCCAUGACACUAUGUAGAAUCCCUGCAUGACAACAUCCUAAUAGCGCCUAUGCAUCAUAUCUGUCUACGCAAAACAACAUCCUAAUAGCCGGUCAUGUGCGAACAAGCAUUUGGUGGUCCGCGGGGGCGGAACCCAGGUCAUCGCCGGCCAAGAGCAGGUACGGUGAGCUUUGUUGCAGGCAUCUCUCUUGGCUCUUCCGCGCUGCCCCCCUUGUCACUUAUUCGCCUCUGCCAGGCAAAUGUCUUUGAGAAACUCAGCACCUCUGUUGUGUUUCGAUACGUUAUUUGUGUCCAGACAUUCUGUCACCGGGUAUAUCAGGGGUUCAUCACUAAUUUCAAUGGGGAACCAGGCAUAUCAGGGGGAUUCAGUACCUUUUGUCGCUGCAGGAAGAUACUGUUUCGUGGUUCAGUUUGUGACAAGCGAUUAGAUAGUGCCGCUGCGUUUUUUAAUCCAGGACAAAGGUGAAUGGGCACUGAUUUUUCAGUUAUUUUUUGAUCGAGAGCUAGUCAGGUUUUGUGUAGGGGUUCAGUUUUCAUAGUGCUUUUUGUGUCAGGUUGCAGAUUCAGUUUAUGCAGACUUAGCUCAUGGUGCUUUUUUUAUUGAAU